GUCAGUCAGUCAGUCAGACAGUCAGACAGUCAGACAGUCAGUCAGACACAGUUGCAGUUGAAUAGGACAUACAUACACAACAUACUUCUUAUUUGAUCCUUCCUACUAUUCUAUCUGUUGGCAAAAAAAGAGACAUGGCUGGCGCUUUAAGAUUCCUCCUCAGUGGCUGUCUGCUGCAAGGUGUUCUCUGUGCAGAUUGGACAGCCUUGAUGCCUCAGAGUAUAAAGGCUCUGAAGGGAUCAUGUGUGCGCAUUCCCUGCUCAUUUACACUUGGUUCUUUGGAGUCAGUGGACUAUAAUCCCUGCCUAAAAACUCACUCAUGUAAUGCCAUUUGGAUGAGAGGUGGAACAGAUAAGACAAACACAGUAGGCUCCAGUCCAUCUGGGAACUUGAACCAGAAAGACUGUACUACAAUCCUGGACAACAUGCCUACUGGUGACACGUAUUACCUCAGACUAGAAUGUGGCAAUUGUGUCAAGUUUAAUUUUGGCACACCUGUUCAAGUCAAUAUCGCAGACGCUCCCCCCACACCCACUCUAACCCCAGCUACAGUGGAAGUGAGGGAGGGGACCUCAGUGAGUUUGAUUUGCUCUGCUGCAGCCCCAUGUCCCUCUCGCCACCCAACUCUGACAUGGACCCCCAGUCUGGGUCAAAGUGUGGAGAGACUACAGGAGAAUCAAGAUAAAACUCAAGUCAAGACCUCUUCUCUGACCUUCACUGCUUCAUACCUCCAUCAUGAACAGUACAUCUCCUGCACUGCUCUCUACAAACAACAAGACGACAGGAAUGUCAAGUCACCUGAAACUAGUCUGACCGUCACGGUUCUAUUUUCUCCCAAGAACACCUCAGUGUCAGUCAGUCCCUCUGGUCCAGUGGUAGAGGGCAGCUCCGUGACUCUGACCUGCAGCAGCAAUGCCAACCCAGCAGUGAGCUACACCUGGUACAGAGUCAAUGGAGUUCAAGUGACAACAAUGGGGUCUAGCAGAAUGCUAACUAUCCAGGUGUCUGCAAACAACAGUCUGUUCUACUGUGAAGCCAGAAAUGACCAUGGAACCGAGAACUCCUCUGUCAUUCAACUAGAUUUGCCAUAUCCUCCCAUGUAUACCUCAGUGUUAGUCAGUCCCUCUGGUCCAGUGGUAGAGGACAGUUCUGUGACUCUGACCUGCAGCAGCAAUGCCAACCCAGCAGUGAAGACCUACAACUGGUACAGAGUCAAUGGAGUUCAGGGGACAUCAAUAGGACAUGGAGAGAAACAUCAGACCCAGGUGUCCACAGAUCAAAGAAAGUUCUACUGUGAAGCCAGAAAUGUCCAUGGAACACAGAACUCAUCAGUCUUUGAACUGGAUGUAAUGUACUCCCCAAAGAACACCUCCGUGUCAGUCAGUCCCUCUGGUUCAGUGAUAGAGGGCAGUUCUGUGACUCUGACCUGCAACAGCAAUGCCAAUCCAGCAGUGAAGACCUACACCUGGUACACAAUCAGGGGAGCUCGGGAGAUACCAGUGAAGAAUAUGCCAGAGCUAACUGUCCAGGUGUUGACAGAUAACAGCAAGUUCUACUGUGAGGCCAAAAAUGACCAUGGAAUCCAGAAAUCCUCUGCCUUUCAACUAGAUAUGAUGUACCCUCCCAAGAACACCUCAGUGUCAGUCAGUCCCUCUGGUUCAGUGGUAGAGGGCAGCUCUGUGACUCUGACCUGCAGCAGCGAUGCCAAUCCAGCAGUGAGCUACACCUGGUACAGAGUCAAUGGAGUUCAGGUGACAUCAAUAGGACAUGGAGACAAACAUCAGACCCAGGUGUACACAGAUCACAGACAGUUUUACUGUGGUGCCACAAAUGACCAUGGCACUAAGAACUCAUCAGUCAUUGAACUGAAUGUAUUGUUUCCUCCCAAGAACACCUCAGUGUCAGUCAGUCCCUCUGGUUCAGUGGUAGAGGGCAGCUCUGUGACUCUGACCUGCAGCAGCAAUGCCAACCCAGCUGUGAAAAACUACACCUGGUACAGAGUCAAUGGAGGCCAAGUGACACGAAUUGCUAAUGAAAAAGAGUUAAAAACGGAAGCAUCUACAGACAACCACCAGUUUUACUGUGAGGCCAGAAAUGACCAUGGGACAAAGAACUCAUCAAUCAUUCUACUGAAUGUGCUAUACCCACCAAAAAACAUCUCAGUGUCAGUCAGUCCCUCUAGUUCAGUGGUAGAGGGCAGCCCUGUGACUCUGACCUGCAGCAGCAAUGCCAACCCAGCGGGGAGCUACACCUGGUACAGAGUCAAUCAAGAACAGGUCACAGAAGUGGGGUCUAGCAGAAUGCUAACUAUCAAGGUACCAGCAGACAACAGCCAGUUCUAUUGUGAGACCAGAAAUCGUCUUGGAUUCCAGAACUCAUCUGUCACUCAACUAGAUGGGAUGUAUCCUCCCAAGAACACCUCAUUGUCGGUCAGUCCCUCUGGUUCAGUGGUAGAGGGCAGCUCUGUGACUCUGACCUGCAGCAGCAAUGCCAACCCAGCAGUGAAGACCUACACCUGGUACAGAGUCAAUGGGAAUGAGGGAGUCAUUGUAGGAUCUGGACAAAGCUUCACCUUCAAUAAGAUUGCUAUCAAUGAUAGUGGGCGGUACUAUUGCGAAACAGAGAACAAGCAUGGGGUGGACAACUCAACAACUACUAACAUAGAUGUGAAAUAUUCACCAAAAAACAGCUCAGUGUCAGUCAGUCCCUCUAGUUCAGUGGUAGAGGGCAGCUCUGUGACUCUGACCUGCAGCAGCAAUGCCAACCCAGUGGGGAGCUACACCUGGUACAGAGUCAAUCAAGAACAGGUCACAGAAGUGGGGUCUAGCAGAAUGCUAACUAUCAAGGUACCAGCAGACAGCAGCCAGUUCUAUUGUGAGACCAGAAAUCGUCUUGGAUCCCAGAACUCAUCUGUCACUCAACUAGAUGGGAUGUAUCCUCCCAAGAACACCUCAUUGUCGGUCAGUCCCUCUGGUUCAGUGGUAGAGGGCAGCUCUGUGACUCUGACCUGCAGCAGCAAUGCCAACCCAGCAGUGAAGACCUACACCUGGUACAGAGUCAAUGGGAAUGAGGGAGUCAUUGUAGGAUCUGGACAGAGCUUCACCUUCAAUAAGAUUGCUAUCAAUGAUAGUGGGCGGUACUAUUGCGAAGCAGAGAACAAGCAUGGGGUGGACAACUCAACAACUACUAACAUAGAUGUGACAUUUGCUCCAAAGAUCCUGCUCUCAUCUCGCUGCAUCAGAACUGCUGAUCAGAUCAACUGUACCUGUGAGAGUCAUGGGAACCCCUCUCCCAAAGUGGAGUGGCGAUUGGCUGGACAGCCUGUCAAUCACUUUACUAAAACUGUCAUCAGAGAGCCAAUGGGCAGCACAGGCCUGAGAAUCUCCCUCACCACCCACCAAUCACAGGAGAAGGACAUGCCCACUCUGGUCUGCCUCAGCACCAACUCUGUAGGAUCUUCCAGCCUCCAGUUCUGUACUCAAUGCCUGGGGAAUCACCAGGGGCUGGACAAAAGCACUGACGUUCUUGAAGGUCAAGUUUCCUUACCAAUCUUCAUCACUGCAAUAUUUGUUUCGGCAUUAAUGACAGCACUGAUAUGUGCUUUACUGUAUCUCCGAAUGGUUCGGGAUCGUUGUUUUAAGGUACUCAGAGGUCAUUACAAAUAUUACGACAGUGAUGUGGGGAUGAACCUAGUUCCAACCAGUGGUGAGAGGACACAGGAUCCUCCUGCGUCAAAAGAAGACAUAUACGCCAGCAGCAUGAUGCCGAGUCAGGCCAGGAGACAGGGAUGCAAACAAGACCUAGAGGCCCCCAGUCCGGGUCCCAAACCCCUGCCUUCCUCCAAAGCCAUCUCUGAGACAGACCGAACCAGCCUUCCCAGUCCUAUCGCUGACACUGCUAUAGAUCCAGCAGAAGGCACUGCAAAGAAGGAGGGGGGUGGCGUGUUUUAUUCCAGUGUGAUUUGGAAGAAGAAGAAGAAGUGGAUGAAGAAGAAGAAUGAGGGGUCCGUGGACGGGGGAAGGGAGGCGUCUAGCGGUUCCUACCUGGAGGAAGAAAGGUGUGUGCUGGGAAAUGUAGGCAGAGACAGAAUAAUGAAGAUACUGGAGAUGGAUAACCUGCAGUUUCUCUAGAUUUUCAUGAAUAUAAUGUGGGCCUAUUGUACUUUCACAAAGAUAUAUUGCUCUUAAUGAAAAUAUAACGCUGUUUUUUUUCACCGCAAAACAAAUAAAAACAUGAAAUGUC